AGAUACAUUAUGUUCCACCACCACUUGUGUGCCUACUUUGUCUGACCUCCUGUGAAUACCAGCAGCGAGCAAAUGCUGUGAACAGAACCAUAACAAACAAUGGCCUGUCUUACAAUGACAAAUAUGGAAGGUACAGCAACUUCUACUGUCCACCAGAAUGGUGACAUCCAUGGGAAUACCAAUGCACCCAAGCAGACAGAACCAUUGCUUCAAGUGUACCUGUAUCAUUCUCCUGGGAAGACGGGAGGAGAUUACCUUCAAUUUCCAGCUGGAGAAUACGUUGCAGAGGAGAUUUGUGCUGCUGCCUGUAAAGCUUGUGGCAUCAUGCCAGUGUAUCACAACAUGUUUGCACUCAUGAGUGAAACAGAGAGAAUGUGGUAUCCCCCAAAUCACAUCUUCCAUGUAGAUGAAACAACCAGACUCACCCUACUUUACCGGAUAAGAUUUUAUUUUACCCACUGGUAUUGCAAUGACAACAAUAGAGCAUAUCGGUAUGGCAUUCUUCGAGGUGCAGAAAGCCCUGUUCUUGAUGAUCUUGUCAUGUCUUACCUAUUUGCACAGUGGAGAGAUGAUUUUCUGGAUGGAUGGAUACAGAUGCCUGUUACUCAUGAAACACAAGAAGAAUGCCUUGGAAUGGCUGUUCUGGAUAUGAUGAGAGUGGCCAAAGAAAAGGACGAAACCCCAUUGGCUAUUUACAAUUCAGUCAGCUACAAACAGUUUUUGCCUAAAUGUGUGCGAGCAAAAAUCCAAGAAUACCACAUCUUGACACGAAAAAGAAUAAGGUACAGGUUCCGCAAAUUUAUACAACAGUUUGGCCAAUGCAAAGCUACUGCCAGAAAUUUGAAACUAAAGUAUCUUAUAAAUCUGGAAACCCUUCAGUCUGCCUUCUAUUCAGAGGUUUUUGAAGUAAAAGAACCUGGUGGAGAUCCUACUGGAGAGGAAAGUUUUGCAACCAUUGUAAUAACUGGAAAUGGUGGAAUUCAGUGCUCAAGAGGAAAACUUAAAGACUGUGAGACACUGGCAGACCAGGAUUUACAAACAUACUGUGAUUUUCCCGAUAUAAUUGAUGUCAGCAUUAAACAAGCAAGCCAAGAAGGCUCCAGUGAGAGAAGAAUUGUCACCAUUCACAAACAAGACAGCAAGAAUCUGGAGGCUGAAUUUCAGUCGUUAAGAGAAGCUCUCUCCUUUGUAUCAUUAAUUGAUGGAUACUACAGAUUAACUGCAGAUGCCCACCAUUAUCUCUGUAAAGAAGUAGCACCACCGUCAGUCCUUGAAAAUAUCCAAAGCAACUGCCAUGGACCAAUUUUCAUGGACUUUGCUAUCAGUAAACUGAAGAAAGCGGGUAAUCAGACUGGUUUCUACGUUCUUCGCUGCAGUCCUAAAGAUUUUAAAAAAUACUUCCUCACCUUUGCUAUAGAGCGUGAGAAUACCACUGAUUAUAAGCACUGCUUAAUUACGAAGAAUGAGAAUGGAGAAUAUAAUCUCAGUGGAACCAAGAGAAGUUUUGGUAAUCUUAAGGAUCUGUUGACCUGUUACCAGACAGAAACUGUCCGUUCAGACAGCAUAAUUUUCCAGUUCAUCAAAUGCUGUCCUCCAAAACCAAAAGAUAAAUCAAAUCUCCUAGUCUUCAGAAGCAAUAGUGUUUCUGACGUACCUUCAUCCCCUACGCUACAGAGACACAAUAAUGUCAACCAGAUGGUCUUUCACAAAAUCCGGAAUGAGGACUUGAUAUUUGAGGAAAGUCUUGGACAGGGCACAUUCACUAAGAUAUUCAAAGGUGUAAGAAAAGAAGUGGGAGACUAUGGCCAGCUCCACCAAACCGAAGUUCUUUUAAAGGUGCUGGAUAAAGUGCACAGAAACUACUCUGAGUCCUUCUUUGAGGCAGCAAGUAUGAUGAGCCAGCUUUCUUACAAACAUUUGGUGUUAAAUUACGGAGUCUGCGUGUGUGGGGAGGAGAACAUCCUUGUACAAGAAUAUGUAAAAUUUGGAUCCUUGGACACAUAUUUGAAAAAGAACAAAAAUGUUAUCAAUAUCUUGUGGAAGCUGGAAGUAGCCAAACAGCUGGCAUUAGCCAUGCAUUUUCUGGAGGAUAAAGGCCUUGUUCAUGGGAAUGUCUGUGCAAAAAACAUCUUGCUUAUCAGAGAGGAAGACAGGAAGUCUGGAAACCUUCCGUUUAUAAAACUAAGUGAUCCUGGCAUCAGUAUUACAGUUUUGCCAAGAGAUAUACUUCUUGAGAGGAUACCAUGGGUUCCUCCUGAAUGUAUUGAGAAUCCCAAACAAUUAAGCCUGGCCACAGACAAAUGGAGUUUUGGUACUACUUUGUGGGAAAUCUGCAGUGGAGGAGACAAACCUCUGAGUGCACUGGAUUCUUCAAGAAAACUACAGUUUUAUGAAGAUAGGCACCAGCUUCCUGCCCCCAACUGGACAGAACUAGCAAACCUUAUAAACAACUGUAUGGAUUAUGAGCCAGAUUUCAGGCCUUCAUUUAGAGCAAUUAUACGUGACUUGAAUAGUUUGUUCACUCCAGAUUAUGAACUAUUGACAGAAAGUGAUAUGUUGCCAAAUAUGAGAAUUGGAGCACUUGGAUUUUCUGGUGCUUUUGAAGAUCGGGACCCAACACAAUUUGAAGAAAGACAUCUGAAGUUUUUACAGCAACUUGGCAAGGGAAAUUUUGGCAGUGUUGAGAUGUGCCGGUAUGACCCCCUGCAGGAUAAUACUGGGGAAGUGGUGGCUGUGAAAAAGCUUCAACAUAGCACAGAAGAGCACCUUAGGGACUUUGAAAGAGAAAUUGAAAUACUUAAAUCUCUGCAGCACGAUAACAUCGUUAAAUACAAAGGAGUAUGCUACAGUGCAGGUCGUAGGAAUCUAAGGUUAAUUAUGGAAUACUUACCAUAUGGAAGUUUACGAGAUUAUCUGCAGAAACAUAAAGAGCGGCUGGACCACAAGAAGCUUUUGCUGUAUGCAUCUCAGAUAUGCAAGGGCAUGGAGUAUCUGGGUACAAAAAGAUAUGUUCACCGGGAUUUAGCAACCAGAAAUAUCUUAGUGGAGAAUGAGAACAGAGUUAAAAUUGGAGAUUUUGGAUUGACGAAAGUCUUGCCACAAGACAAGGAAUACUACAAAGUAAAAGAACCUGGUGAAAGCCCUAUAUUUUGGUAUGCUCCAGAAUCUCUGACAGAAAGCAAGUUUUCUGUGGCCUCAGAUGUGUGGAGUUUUGGUGUGGUCUUGUAUGAACUCUUCACAUAUAUUGACAAGAGCAAAAGUCCACCAGCUGAAUUCAUGCGCAUGAUUGGCAAUGAUAAACAAGGGCAGAUGAUUGUGUUUCAUUUGAUAGAGCUUUUGAAGAAUAAUGGACGACUACCAAGACCAGAUGGAUGUCCUGAUGAGAUUUAUGCUAUCAUGAAAGAAUGCUGGAACAAUAACGUUACCCAGCGCCCCACCUUUAGGGAUCUUGCUCAGCGAGUGGAUCAUAUAAGGGACAGCAAGGGUGGAUGAGAAAACUGUCCCUCCUUCAGAGGAUGUGUUGGAAUGCAGAACAAAAUGUACUUGGUCUGCUGUGUAUAGUUGACAUAUGUACACAUGUGCAUCUUACCUUUGCUGGAAGUAAAA